GCCAAGCUUUUAUCUUUUGCGAAUGAACUUGGACGUGAAAUCCGUGUUUUCACAAACACAGCAACAUCUUGUUCAUCUGAUGAAAUAUCUGCUCCUCCCAAUGAUGAGCCUGAUGAUUUUUAUGAUUUCACUCCUGAAGAUUAUUACCAUAUCAUAGGUGAUAAACUGGGAGCCCAAUCUCAAAUUCUUAAGACCCGUAAAAUGAGGGAAGCAGAGGCAGCAGCUCGUAAAGCAAGAGUAACGAAGGCUGUGAUUAGGUUUCGGUUUCCAGACAACUACAUCCUCGAAGCCAAAUUUCAACCAUCAGAGAAAAUUCAAGAGUUAGUGGAUCUUCUCAAGAAAGUGCUUGCCCGACCAGACCUGCCAUUCUACUUGUAUACCACUCCCCCGAAGGAACAAAUCAAAGAUUUUUCAAAAGAUUUCUACUCAGCCGGCUUUGCUCCGGGUGCUAUAAUAUACUUUUCAUAUGAUCUCCCCAAAGAUUCAGUGUUGAGCAAAGUUGCAAGUGCAGGGCCUUAUCUUCGGGAAGAUGUGUUGUCCUUGAAUGGGUUAGAUUUUGCUCGUGAGGUGAUAAAUCCUAUUCAUUCUGACCGUGAAAUUCCCAUAGUGGAGGCUUCCCGAGAUGUUUCAGAGCCAGCACAAUCUGCCAAGAAGAAGCAAAGUAAACCUAAGUGGCUCAAAUUGUGAAGGUAUGAGUUAUAUGUUUCUUUAUGCAUAAUUAAUAUACUGCAACUAGGGAACUUAUUUAUUAGCUUUUUGCAAUAAAUGUUGAACCAAGUGCUACAUCUUUUAUUUUUAAUCAAAUAAUGUUCUCCUCCAUAUGUGUGAAACUAUUUAUCAAUUAAGAUGAUAUUUUUAUCCGGAA